GGGGGCAGCAGGAGGGAGGGGAUGCGAAGUUGUUGAGGAGGCUCCUGGCGGGGAAGAUGGCGGACUUUCUGAAAGGCUUGCCGGUUUACAACAAAAGCAACUUCAGCCGAUUCCAUGCAGAUUCUGUAUGUAAAGCAUCGAAUAGAAGACCGUCAGUGUAUCUUCCCACGCGGGAAUAUCCAUCCGAACAAAUCAUUGUGACAGAAAAGACGAACAUACUUUUGCGUUACCUACAUCAGCAGUGGGACAAAAAGAACGCAGCGAAAAAAAGAGACCCAGAGCAAGUGGAAAUAGAGGGUGAAAAUUCUGCCCCACCCCGCAAAAUCGCCCGGACAGACAGCCAAGAUAUGAAUGAGGACACUUAAA